AUGUCCCUUGCUGCUCAAGAACGACUCAGACGGCAGGCGUUUCAACACCGUGCAAAUUUUAGAGAAGUUUUUCUGAAAUUUGCAGAUGUCCAUAAGGGCAUUAACCAUGCCCUUGCUUUGACUGACGAAGAUGUCCUCCGCAUAGAUGUAAGUAUUCGGGAACUCUUGAGGACCUACCGCCAGCUUUUCCCGGAGGAAAGAAUCACUCCCAAGCUCCACCUGCUUGAAGACCAUGCUGUGGAUCAGCUACAACGCUUUCGUGUGGGUCUUGGCUUGCUCAAUGAACAAGGCGGAGAGCUCAUCCAUGCAGAAUUCAACAGAAUCGGCCGAGUGGUUCAAGGGAUGCGGGAUGACUUGGACAGGCUCAUGGCAGUCAUGCGACGACAUCAUGUCUCGACCUGUCCUGAAGUAUUGUGA